ACUGGUUUCCAUUUCUCUUUCACACUGACUCAAUACAUACACAUAUAUAUACACACACACGUAACACGUAUAUAUGCAUAUCACAGUGUCAGUCUCUCCCUCUCUCUCUCUCUCCUUCAUAAAUUACAGAGCGAUAUAAUUAACAUGCUUGCAAACCCUCAAGCAAGAUCUGUCUAAAUAGUGAGAGGAUUAGGUUUGCAGAGGGAAAGAAAGCAAUGGCUCCACUCUCGUACUUGAGUUUCAGUAAGGUACUUUUGCUGUGUCUUAUUCUUUUCCUCUUCUGUUGUUCUUGUUCUUGCUCUAUCCGUUCUGUCUCGUCGGAAACUCCAAGCGACGAGAUACAAACCCAUCACCAUUUAAGGGUGAGAAGAUUGUUGGAGAAAGAUCUGGAAUUUGGUGAGGAUGAGAUUGAGACUGUCUCCCCCAAGAAGAAGCCUAGUGGUUCGUCAUCUUCGUCUGCUGCCAAGAAGAACCAGACCAAGCUCCUCAAACCGAUCUCUUCUUCGUCCAAGAACCAGACCAAGAUCGCCAAGAGCUCCACUGGUCUAUCUCAGAAGCUCAACUCGACCAAAUCUUCUAACACGACCAAGAGUUCCGAGUUCAAGAAGCUCACUUCUGGUUCCAAAUCCAGUAAUUCCACCAAACCCAGUUCGUCACCGAUCAAGAAGUCAUCAGAUCUUUCCAAAUCCAGCUCGCCCAAAAACAAAACGUCCACCAAACCCACCUCCGCGAAAUCCCAAAAUUCCCAACUUUCAGCUCCUUCAGACAAGAAAACCACGUCCUCUUCAGAAAAGUCCGACAAAACCGCAAAACCCACGAACAAAGAGAAACCCACCGACAAGACCCAGAGCCAGAAGAAAGAGAUCAAACCCUUUUGGCUCGAUGACGAGGAAGAUGACGACUUGGUCAACGAAUUCAGAGAUCUACCCACGAAAUUUCAACGGUCGCUCCUCCCAGACCUCGAAAGAAUCUCCAGCACAUCCAAAAGCUACAUCACCAAAGCCAACAAGGAGAUGGCCAAGAACUUCAAACCCUAUUUUGGCAACAAGUACGCGCCCACAAUCGCCACCGCAGUCUCCUUCAUCUUCAUCUUAGUCCCUCUACUCUUAGUUUCUCUCAUUUUCAACCGAUUCAAAGCAUAUUUCUCUCUCCAGAAGAUCUUGAUCUUCAUCCAAGUCUACCUAUCGAUCUAUUUCUCGAUCCUCUGCCUCUCGUCGCUCGUCACGGGGCUCGAGCCGCUCAAAUUCUUCUACGCAACUUCGCGUUCGACCUACGUCUGGUUGCAGAUUCUGCAAACCCUCGGCUACGUACUGUACCUGCUGCUUCUGCUGAUGUACCUGGUCUUGGUGUUCUCCACCGAUUGCGAGCUGAGCCUGAAGUUAUUGGGCCUUGUCCAAACUUUCGUGGGCUUUGCCGUUGGGCUUCAUUAUUACGUGGCUGUGUUUCAUAGGGUGGUGCUCCGACAGCCGCCGAGGACGAACUGGAAGGUUCACGGGAUUUACGCCACGUGUUUUCUUCUGAUUUGUCUGUUCUCUAGGGCUGAGAGGAGGAAGAAGGAGUACUUGGAGGAAGGCGGAGGAGAAGGGAAGAAAAAUUGAGUUUUCUGUUUUUUGUCUUUCCUUUUUUUCCCUCCUUUAAUUCUAUAUUUUACUUUCAGUAAUUCGCCAAAUUUUAAUUGAGAAUGCAGUAGAAGUACGGAAUUAUAGGGAGAAGUGGAACGUUUUACUGCAAUUGUAUUUAUUUAUGGAUAAAUUUAGAAUAAAAUAUCGAAUUUUCUUCCGUA